CCGCCACCGCCACCGUCACUCUCUCUCUCUCUCUCUCUCUAGAAUUCAGUUGCAGAGAAUCCAGGAGGCCAUCCACUCUCCUCCCCCCACGAGAUCUCCUGCCCCUGCUUCCCGAAGAAGACGACCGACGUGGAACCAACCGAAAACUGAAUCUAAUCCGAAUCGAUCCGUCCCCCCUCACCCGCACCACCCGAUGAACGCCCAGGUCAUCAGCCCCGUCAUCGCCUUCGAGCACAAGAGGGAUGCAUAUGGCUUUGCAGUGAGACCUCAACAUGUACAAAGAUAUCGAGAAUAUGCAAACAUCUACAAGGAGGAAGAGGAAGAAAGAUCAGAGAGAUGGAGUAAUUUCCUGGAACGCCAAGCAGAAACUGCUCAAGUGCCUGUUAAUGCUCUAGCUUCAGAAGUAGAUGGCAAUAUUUCACAGCAUGAAAGGAACAACCGAGACGCAAAUGACAAUUUGAAGGACGAUGUUGAAGGAGAUGAACCUACUGGUGACAAGCCUGGUUCUGAUAAUGUUUUAGAAAAAGUGAUUCCAGCUUUGAAGGAGUCAAGAGUUCAUAGGGCCCAAAUAUGGACCGAGAUAAGACCUUCUCUUUGUGCUAUCGAAGAUAUGAUGAGCCUUCGUGUAAAGAAAAAGGGCAGUACAAAGAAGAACGAGCAAUUAACUGAAAGUGCAAAGCUUGUUCUUCCGUUUGAAGAGGCUCGAUCCCCGAAAGGAGCAUCUGAAGAGGACUCAGAGGAUGAAUUUUAUGAUGUUGAGAGAUCAGAAUCAUCGGAUCACAUUCAGGACACAGUAUCCAGUGAUAGUUCCAAUGUCACUGCUCCAGAAGCUAUGGUGGAUGCUCCUUCAGAAUCUUCAUUUCCUUGGAAAGAAGAGUUGGAGGUUCUUGUUCGAGGGGGAGUGCCAAUGGCACUACGGGGAGAGCUUUGGCAAGCCUUUGUCGGUGUGAAAACACGCCGGGUGCAGAACUAUUAUCAGGAUCUGUUAAAGCCGCAUUAUGCUGGAAAUACCGUGGAAGAGCAAAUGGUGCAAUCAGAUAAUGACAGUAAGGCCUCAGACGCAGAUUCUGUAAGCAUACCUGAAAAAUGGAAAGGGCAGAUAGAAAAGGAUUUGCCUCGAACCUUUCCUGGUCAUCCUGCCCUUGACGAGGAUGGUAGAAAUGCUUUAAGACGGUUGUUGACUGCAUAUGCACGUCACAAUCCAUCUGUAGGAUAUUGUCAGGCUAUGAACUUCUUUGCUGGCUUACUACUUUUGCUGAUGCCGGAAGAAAAUGCCUUCUGGACUUUGAUGGGCAUCAUUGAUGAUUACUUUGAUGGCUACUACUCUGAAGAGAUGAUAGAAUCUCAGGUUGAUCAACUUGUUUUCGAGGAGUUGGUGCGAGAGAGAUUUCCCAAAUUGGUCAAUCAUCUGGAUUUCCUGGGGGUGCAGAUUGCAUGGGUUACAGGGCCUUGGUUCUUGUCCAUUUUUAUGAAUAUGCUUCCCUGGGAAAGUGUUCUUCGAGUUUGGGAUGUGCUGCUUUUUGAAGGGAACCGUGUCAUGUUAUUCAGAACCGCACUCGCUUUGAUGGAGUUAUACGGACCUGCAUUAGUUACUACCAAGGAUGCUGGAGAUGCUGUCACUUUGCUGCAAUCACUGACUGGAUCAACAUUUGAUAGCAGCCAACUUGUCUUGACAGCCUGUAUGGGCUUCCAAAAUGUAAAUGAAAAGAGAUUACAAGAGUUGAGAGAUAAGCAUCGGGCAGCAGUAAUAGCUGCAGUUGAGGAAAGAUCUAAGGGCCUUCGAGCUUGGAGGGAUUCUCAAGGUCUGGCCUCAAAACUAUACGGUUUUAAGCACGACCCUAAGUCGAUGCUAGCGGGAACGGAUAAAGUAGAAGGAUCGGUUGAUAAAACAGCAAAUGGUGAUUUAUCUCGGUCAAAUUCUGACUCUGUUAAUGCAGAUGGAAUUGUUAUCAGUUUAACAGGGGACUUAGAGAUAGAUUCAGGUCCAGAUCUUCAGGAGCAGGUCGUCUGGUUGAAGGUCGAGCUCUGCAAGUUGCUGGAAGAGAAAAGAUCUGCUGUUCUGAGAGCUGAGGAGCUUGAGACAGCAUUAAUGGAGAUGGUCAAGCAGGAUAAUCGGCGAGAAUUGAGUGCGAAGGUUGAGAAGCUAGAGCUAGAUGUUGCUGAUCUUCAACGAGCUCUUUCUGAUAAGCAGGAACAAGAAAGUGUCAUGCUUCAAGUCCUAAUGCGGGUAGAGCAAGAGCAGCGAGUAACAGAAGACGCUCGGAGAUUUGCUGAGCAAGAUGCAGCUGCACAGAGAUAUGCUUCUCAAGUGCUUCAGGAAAAGUAUGAGGAAGCAAUGGCUUCUCUUGGUGAGAUGGAGAAGAGAGCUGUAAUGGCAGAAUCUAUGUUGGAGGCUACCUUACAAUAUCAGUCUGGCCAAGUCAAAGCACAACCUUCCCCGAGAUCCUUGCAUUCCGAAUCAUUGCCAAAAUUUAGCAGUAAUCAAGAGUCAACACAAGAGCUGCCCACCAGGAAGAUAAGCCUUCUCAGUCGACCAUUUGGACUUGGCUGGCGGGACCGCAAUAAGCAGGGAAAACCAGCCAACACUGACGAGCCAAAUGAUAUAAAGCCUACGGAUGAGACCCAGAGUCCUAGCUCCCACCUAAAGGAAACCAACGGGAUCGAAUCACAGGGCACGGAGCAAACAAUAUCAGGUUGAUUGGGACCAAUGCCAUCUAAAUAUACGUCACUGGUCACUCAAGUUCCUAGCUAUUAUCCCAGCAUAAUAUAUUUUUUAAUCUCGGGCCAAUGAAGGCAGCAAUUCAGGUGAAGUUUGAAUUUUGUGGUGCAUGCACAUAUGUAAUUCUUUUCCGCCAUCCCUGUACGAACUCUGCAUUUAUUGUUUCCUUUGUUCGUUCAAAAUAACAAUAAGAAUUAGCAUUAGCAAUAGCAAAGCAGAAAAAGGAUGUAAAAAGAAUGCGAGGUAUAUUUUAGAGUUAUAUGUUGUAUGCAAGUACAUGUGUUUAACAGUGCAGCGGUAUAGAUUUGGGUUGUUCCUGCA